AUGGCGACAGACGCUCAGGGCCUGAAGGAAUGUGAUGAUUGCGGCAAAUUGAUUGCAGGUUUCGUUCUCCGCUGUGCCAUGUGUACAGUUAUGCACGACCUUCGACUGGGAGAUAGCAGCGAUCGUGGCGAGCCUCAGUCACCAGUUUGGCUUUCCGAUGAUGACGCUGACGACGACGAAGAUGACCGGAGGACAAUGAUGUCGAUUUCAGACGACGAAGACGACAUCCCGGAUGUGUCGAAAACGAACGAUGGAAAGGACCGCGUGCAACCCCACGCUUCAACUCCACCCGUUCACCGAGAUGGGAUCGUUCGCUCUCUGAAGCGUCGCAGAACGGAAGCUUCACUUUUCAUUCCGAGAAAGCGAUUUCAGCCUAGGCAGAUAUCAGUAAUGGAUGAGGCUGCGCGCUCUCUCCGCCGAGCGUCAGGGAAGAAUGAGGUUCAAUAUACCGCUCUAGAGCCACAAGUUGGCCGCACCGUCUCAGGGGAAGCCCCGAGGACUGUCGUUGAGAAGCCUUCAGUACAGAACUCGUCAGGUGGCAUACGUGCUGGGUCCUCUCUACAACAAAGUAAUGGCGCUUCCACUUCUUUGAUGGGUCCCCCUACCACUACACAUCCCGGCGAGGUCUCGCAUCAGGCUGUGGUGCCCCCGAUAGUCUCCGUUGAGAGUGCCGAGUCACUCUCCCAUAACGACCUGGAAAGCCCGGUCCUGACGGAGCUAGCUUUUCGAUCUCAGACUAUUCCGCAGCCCCACUUCACCCCGGACCAGCAUGAUCUCUACGUCGAGGGGAAAUCCUCAGAGAGGAAGCUUCGCAACAGUGGCAGCACGCAUGAGCUCAUAAAUGAAGAUGAAGUGCCCGUGUCAGCUUCAGCUCACCGUGGGGAGACGCUUGUCGAGGCGCGUCACGCAGCGAGUGAAGAGGAGGGAAUUGACCAAGAAGUGGCGUCCAUCCAUUCUCUGCCUUCGGCCUGGAAACGCCUGCCCAAAACCGUGAGCGAGCAUCCUCGCCAAGCAUACAGCAAGAAUACACAGACCGCAUUCACCACUAACAUACAUCAAGACCGUGGCCUUGAGUGGGAAUCGGAAAACGAUUCUGACGGAUGCGGUAAUGACGAAAAUUAUGUACAAUCGCCUCAGAAACUACCCGUUCGGGAACAGCCUCAUCGAAAUGCUCGGACUACUCGGAAUUAUCGACUUCAUCGCGAUACUCGAUUUCGUCAGCGUAAGUCGCUGCAGGAGUCUCGGAAUUUGUUUGACCUGCUUCCUCCGACUGCCCCCGACUGCAACCGAGUGGGCUAG